GAGAGAUUUUCAGAAAAAGAAAAAGAAAAAAAAAGGACGAACGAUGGAGAGGGAGAGAGUUUUGAUUCUUUGAAUACAAGUGUGGCCUUCCACAAACCGCCUCGCGUACGAUUUCUCUGCCUCUGUAAUCUUCCGCGUGUUCGUCUUCUCCAGGAACUCCUCAGCGCCAAAGAAGCAGACGGAAGAAGAAAUGAAGAGACUACUCUGUUUUCUGCUCAGCUCCGUCUUCCUUUUCGCUCUUUCAGAGGCCACCCAAUUGCUGCCUCAACCCGCUGAAUCCUUCAAUUUCAAUUUAACAUAUAUUCAGCAAGCCGGGAGUUGCUCUUACUCGGUUGUUAUAUCGACGAGCUGUUCGUCACCUUCUUACACUAGGGAUCACAUCAGUCUUUCUUUCGGCGAUGCUUAUGGCAACCAGAUUUAUGUGCCAAGGAUUGAUGAUCCAUCCAGAAGAACAUUUGAAAGAUGUUCAACCGAUACAUUUCACAUAAAUGGACCUUGUGCUUACCAAAUAUGCUACGUCUAUCUUUAUCGCUCUGGACCAGAUGCCUGGAUCCCAACAACAGUGAAAAUCUCUGGUGAUAAUUCUAGACCCAUCACAUUUAACUACAACACUGCCAUACCAAAUGACGUAUGGUUUGGGUUUAACUUGUGUGGACAUGCUUCGUCUUCAAACCGUUUAUCAAGUUGUAUGUGGUUCAUAUACGUCAUUGGAGUGUGGAUUCUCGCUCUUCUCUUGUAAGUUUAUGUUAUAUUAGGACGCAUUUCAUAUUCUAUACUUGAUAAGAAUGCAUUUUGAUGUAGCCCUUUUAGCAUAUAGAACAUGGAUAUAACUGACUAGAAAGCAGCAUUAGGAGUGUUCUUCUGUUGUGAUGUUGUUUUAAGGCAGAGGCACUUCUUGGUGACUGAGAAUCUUGUCUCCGGAUAAGCUUUUGGAUAUCUGGAACUAGGGAACAGAAACAUUUUCUGGUUUUGUUUCUAGAUACUGUCGGCCUUUGAUUCAUGUGGGAUUCUUGUUUAGUUGGCUUUUUUCCUAAAGAACGUUGUUAUAUGAACUAUAUUUAAGAUGGGUUAUUGCUCCAUUCGAAUC